AUGGCAGCCCCAACCGUGGGAACUUUAUAGAUAAGCGUAACUUUCGAUUUGUAUUGUUGUCAUAUGUUUUUGUGUGGCAAUUAGAUUCCAAUAAGAAUCAUUUCCGUGUAGAAAACAUGAAAAACUUUCACAGUGAGAAAUCAAACAGUUCCGUGCAAUAAUUUUAUUUUGUGAUAUUGAUAAAAAACUGAUAACACUGAAAAUAAAAUGUCAAUAACAUUGUAGUGACGUUUCGCAUUCGGAAAAUCGCAUUUCGAAUCUACCUUACUUUAAAAUUUAACUAAAAUAAAAUGUAUUAUUUAAGUUCUCAACUCGUGGUGAAAUAAUAUUUAUAAUUUAUUCAUUUGUUCAGUUAAAAUAAUUAUAAUAGUUGAAGAUGACUACGAAGGAGCUAUACACAAAGGGUGCCCGAAUAUGGGUGGAGCACCCAGAGAAGGUAUGGGAGAGUGCGACGGUGACGUCAGACUACCGGUCUGGUGUGCUCAUAGUGAAGAUCGACCAGUCUGGGGAGGUCCGCCAGAUCAAGAUCAAGGAUGAGACGAAGAUGCCUCCACUCCGGAACCCCUCACUCCUCAUUGGGCAGAACGACCUGACUUCCCUGUCAUACCUUCACGAGCCAGCUGUGCUGCAUAACCUUAGAGUUAGAUUCUGCGACCGCAACGCCAUCUACACAUACUGCGGGAUCGUUCUAGUUGCAAUCAAUCCAUACUAUGAUUUACCAAUAUACGGCGAUGAAACGAUAAUGGCGUACCGCGGGCAGGCGAUGGGUGAUCUGGAUCCUCAUAUAUUCGCCGUGUCGGAGGAGGCUUACACCAAGCUGGAACGAGAGAGGAGGGAUCAGAGUAUUAUUGUGAGCGGUGAAUCAGGUGCCGGUAAGACAGUGUCAGCUAAGUAUGCGAUGCGAUACUUCGCGGCGGUCGGCGGCAACGCCAGCGAGACGCAGGUCGAGAGGAAAGUGCUGGCUUCCAGUCCUAUUAUGGAGGCAAUUGGCAACGCGAAAACAACACGAAACGACAAUUCUUCUCGUUUCGGCAAAUUCAUAGAAAUACAUUUUGACAACGUAUAUCGUAUCUCGGGCGCCAGUAUGCGCACUUAUUUACUUGAGAAGUCUCGCGUGGUCUACCAGAGUGCCGGAGAAAGGAACUACCAUAUAUUCUACCAGCUCUGCGCUGCUGCCAGGCAGAUGCCGGAGUUACAGUUAGAUCAUCAAGAAUCCUUCCACUAUUUGAACCAAGGCGGCAGUCCAAAUAUAGAUGGCGUUGAUGAUCUACGUACCUUUAACGAAACUAGAAGCGCAUUAACUACGCUAGGAGUGACAGAGACGGAACAAGACGACAUGUUCCGUAUCCUAGCAACGAUCCUCCACCUAGGUAACGUGGAGCUCCUAGCUUGUGAUCCAGACGCACCACCUACUAAGGACACUGAUGAUGGGGCUUAUAUUAAUUCAACAGACAAGCACCUGGCUAUAGUAUGCUCUCUGCUCGGCAUAUCUCGCGCGGAACUGUCGCGAUGGCUCACGCAUAGGAGAAUCGCGUCUGCGCAUGAGGUAAUAGUAUCCCGCAUGGACGUGCAGCGCGCGUCGUUCGCCCGCGACGCGCUGGCCAAGCGCAUGUACGGGGAGCUGUUCGCGUGGCUCGUGCACGCCGUCAACAGGGCGCUCGACACUGGACACGCUAAGAAACACUUUAUUGGCGUUCUAGACAUCUACGGGUUCGAAACGUUCGAGAUAAAUUCCUUCGAACAGUUUUGUAUAAACUACGCGAAUGAAAAGCUACAGCAACAGUUCAACUCACACGUGUUUAAGUUGGAACAGGAUGAGUAUAUUAAGGAAGAAAUAUCGUGGGAGAUGAUAGAAUUCUACGACAACCAGCCGUGUAUAGACCUCAUAGAGGACAAGUUGGGAGUGCUCGCGUUACUGGACGAGCAGUGCAGGGUGCCGCAGGGGAGUGACCAAGGGUUUGUGGCCAAGCUACAUCAAGCCUGCGCUGGGUAUCAUCACUUUAUGAAGCCUCGGUUUGGAAAUGCUGCUUUCAUCAUAAAACAUUUUGCCGAUAACGUAGAAUACCAAUCAGGUGGGUUUCUUGAGAAGAAUAGAGAUACAGUUUCAGAAGAACAAUUGGAAUGUAUUAAAACAGCGACCAGUUGUCGGCUCAUACACACCAUGUUUGCCGACCGGGGAUGUGAUCAACCGGUGUCGAACACACUACCCCCGCCGUCUAAGAGGAGGACUACACCCUCUGUGCCGCUGGGAAGUCUUACUCAACCGCCCCGUCGUACCUCAGGCCAGAAGCAAACGGUAGGCUCCCAGUUCCGCGCGUCACUGUCAGCUCUAAUGUCGACACUGUCGGCCACCACGCCUCAUUACGUGCGGUGUAUCAAACCCAACGAUACCAAGGAGCCCUUCAUGUUCGAUAGCGCUAGGGCCGUUAACCAGCUCAGAGCUUGUGGUGUGUUGGAGACAAUUAGAAUAUCAGCUGCCGGCUUCCCGUCUCGAUGGUUGUAUCAAGAUUUCUUUGCGAGAUACCGUCUCCUCUGCCUCCACCGCGAGAUAGACCGCGGUAACAUCAAGGCGACCUGCAGUAGGAUACUGACUCGACACGUCAAGGACCCGGAUAAAUAUCAGUUCGGAGCCACUAAGAUAUUCUUCAGAGCUGGACAGGUGGCGUACUUAGAAAAGAUCCGAGCAGAUAUACAGCGAGAGUACUGUGUUCGAGUACAGAGCUGUGUGCGACGAUUUGUCGCUAGACGCAAGUAUCUGCGACUAGUCGCUGCGAUUCGAGGUUUGCAGGCAAGGGCCAGAGGUUUCCUUGCUAGGCGUCGUGCUCAAGAAAUCCGUCGCAAACGUGCCGCCAUUAAGAUACAGCGCAACGUCCGCGGCUGGCUGGCGCGGCGCCAGUACAUGCGCCUGCGCAGCCUGGCUAUAGGGCUACAGGCACGCGCACGCGGGUACCUAGCUAGGAAGCUGUACAGAGAUAGGAGGAAGGUUAUGGCUGUGAUAACAAUACAGCGCUACGCUCGCGGUUACCUCGCCCGCAAGCGAGCUAAGAAGAUCAGACAUCAAAUUAUCAUUGCACAGGCUGCCAUACGUCGUUUCCUAGCCCGCCGUCAAUACAAGCGCCUGCGCAUCGAAGCUAGAAGUCUAGACCAUGUGAAGUCACUGAACAAAGGCCUGGAGAAUAAGAUCAUCAGUCUCCAACAGAGGCUGGGAGACGCGCUGGAAAAGAACAAGAGCAUAGAGGUGCUGACGGCGCAGAUUGUAGAUUUAAAAGCCAAACUAGAACUACUAAAACUAGUAGAAAUCGAAGCUAAAACUCUCCGAGUGGACAUAUUCGACAAGGGCAGUCUAAUAUCUACUCUACAAGAAGAAUUAGAAAGAGAAAAAGAUAGCAAUAGACUUCUAAAAGAAGAGAAGAGGAGUUUAGAGGAGAAGUAUGAGAAGGAUAGAGUUACUUGGGAAGAGGAGAGUGAGAAGUUGGCGAAUGAGUUGAGGAGUAAUAAGGAACAUUUUGAUUUGGCUAUAGAAGAGCGCGACAAGCAACAUGAGCAGGAGAAGAAGGCGCUGAACGCUGAGCUAGAAGCAGAGAGACAGAGUCGACAGAAGUUGCUGUCUGCUCAGUAUGAGCUGCAGGAGAGGAUCGACUCCUUGCAGAGUAAACCAGCUCCGAAAGAACAUAGAAGAUCUUUGUCUGACGCCAGCAACAACUCGCAGCAAGAGACUACCGUUGAGGAUGACUAUGGCUACGGUUCGGUCAGGUCAGUGGAGAGCACGCGUCCAGCGCUGGAGGCCGUCAACUGGUCCGCCGGGGCACAUAAUGGACCUACCCAACCGGUGGCAGACGCAGGCCUUGUGUUGCGCAUGCGCAACAGAAUAUCCGCACUACAGAGCGAACUGUCGCGGACCACCAAGAGAGCUGCCGACCUGGAAGAUAGGAUCAUGAACCGUCACUCAACGCCCCCCACAAACCCCAACAUAGAUCGUUACAAGCUGGAAGAGUUGGAGAUUGAGAACAAGAAGCUGAGAGAACACCUGGACAGGCUUAGAGCGGCUGGAGAUAGCAUGCUGGUCUCUAAGGAGGUUAUAGAACAAAUGAAUGUGAUGCAGAAGGAGUUGGACAGGAGAAGAGAUGAGUGCAUACAGCUGAAGAGUGUCCUAACUAACCAGAAACCGUGGUUCCAAGCUCUGAAAAACGUCACUGUGAACCUGAAGUCGCUGGCGUCGUCUAACUACGGGUCGGACGUCGAUAUUAUCAAUGAAGAUGGUGAAUUGGCCACUGCUUAUGAAGCGCAGAAGGGAAUUAAUAGGCAACUACAAGAAGAAUUGUUAUUAGAAAAGAAAUUCUACUCCGAACACAUAUCAAAGUCGAAAGCAGAGAUAGAGAAACUAAGAGAAGAUAACGAGAAAUAUCAAAAGUUAUUGAGCUCAGACUUGAGUGCGGAACCGAAGAAUAAGACUCAGGAGUUUGCACAGAAUGAAAUCAUUCGGUUGGCAGCUGAAAGUUUGGCGCUACAGGAACGCGUCGACAAGUUAUCAGAGAGCUGUCGGCGCUACAAAAACCAGAUUCGUCUACUGGUGAACAAGCUGAAGGAGGUCGGCAUCGAUGACGUCAACGAUAUACUUGAUAGCAAUGAUCCAGUGGUACCACCGAACGCGUCGAUGACGCUAGAGAUGGCGCCGGUGACUCGUAAGAAGGAACGAGAGUACCUCGGCAUGUUCGAGUACAAAAUACAAGAUGAAGGACUGAUCAUUAAGAAACUUAUAUCUGAUUUAAAGCCGAAAACAGCAGUAACCCUCCUACCAGGGUUGCCAGCGUACAUAUUGUUUAUGAUGCUCCGCCACAUGGACCAUGUGGAUGAUGAACCUAAGAUGCACCAGCUCAUGAAAGCCGUCCGGACUGCUGUGAAGAAAACCCUGAAAAAACGAGCCGAGAGCGUUGAAUAUAACGCCUUGUGGCUUGCCAACAUGUUGCGCCUCCUAAACAACCUCCGCCAGUACAGUGGCGACACUAUAUACCAGUCAGCCAACACGCCGCGUCAGAACCAGCAGUGUCUGCGGAUCUUCGACCUGUCCGAGUACAGGCAGGUGCUCAGCGACAUCGCCGUCUGGAUAUACCAGGGCCUAAUCCACCUCCUAGAGCGUCAACUAGAGAGGCUAAUAAUCCCAGCUAUACUGGAACACGAGGAGAUCAGUGGCCUGUCGGGUCCCACGGCGCGGCCCCCGCAGGCCGGGGCCGGCCCGCAGCGGCUCAAGCAGGAGCUGUCCGCUACACACGACCAUUUACACACGUUCGCUGUCGACCAACCGUUGAGAUUGAUGAUUUUUAAGCAGUUAUUCUACUACAUAUGCGCGUACAGUUUGAACCAGUUGCUCCUGCGCAAGGACCUGUGUUGCUGGGCCAAGGGGCUACAGAUUAGGUACAAUAUCUCGCAUCUAGAGACUUGGAUCAAGGAACAUCUCGCUGAGUAUGGACAGAAGAGUGUGGAAGAGAUACUAGGCGUGUUGAAGCCAAUAACUCAAGCAGUUCAAUUACUUCAAGCGCGUAAAUCCAUGCAGGAUGUACAGAGCACUGUCGAUAUGUGUGCUAAUCUCACCGCCAUGCAAGUCUGCAAGAUACUGAACAUGUACACUCCAGCCGAAGAGUACGAAGUGAAAGUAACGCGGGAAUUCAUUCACGAAAUACAGAAGAAAAUGCAGGAGAAGACGGGAGCUAACCCUGAUAAAGAUCCUCAAAAUCUUCUAAUGGACACGAAAAUGAUAUUCUCGGUUCAGUUUCCGUUUAACCCCUCAUCUAUACGUCUGGAGGCGAUAGAGUUACCAGAAGUCCUAGAAUUGGAAGGUCUACUCACAAAAAUAUAAAAAGACCAAGAAGACCGGAAAAGACCGUUAACCUAAGUAAGCUUAUAGCUGCUCUAGAUUUUAUUUAUAAACGUUUAGAAUAUGGUCUACUGGUUAUAAUAUAGGAAAUUGAGUAGACCAUAGAAGACCAUGAUAGUAUAUAACAAUUAUUGUUUUUAUAUUAAUUUGUGCAUAGCUGAGAACGUAAUAUAGUUAAAAGACCUAAAAAGACGAUAGAAAUAAGAAGGUAAAUGUUCAAAUGAUAGAUUAGUUUUGUUAUAACAUUCCAUAGUAUCGGUCUUUUUACCAAAAGGCCGAGUAGACCGAAAAGACCAUAGAAGAAAAUUAUGAAAUAGUUAUAAGAAACACGAUAAUAAGAUGCAUAAUAUUUUUUUUAUUUAAAAAGUUUUCGUUAAAGUUAUUUUUGUAAGUUAAACUCAAUUAUUUUAAUCCUUAACACCUUGCCUUUAGAUUCAGUUUAUCUCAACAUUCUUGUUCCUACGUACUUUUUGCCAUACGAAAAAUAAUCGUUCAAUAUGGUGCCAUUAUUAUAUUUUUUAAUUGGU